AUGUCAGACCAACCAAAGUGUCCAGUUGACGACUCGACUAAAGAAGCUUGGUUGAAACAAGCUAAUAGCAAUGCCCAGGCCAAGGCUCAGGCUCAGGCUCAGGCCCAGGCCCAGGCCCCAGCAGCUCCUGCUGGUGAAGGUGUUUGUCCAGUAGAUCACUCGUCCAGAGACGUGUGGCUAAAAAACCAUUUACAAGCCGUUGGUGAGACAGGUGCUGCCUCAAAGGCCGUAGCUCCGGUAAUUCCUAUUAUCACUCAGGACAUCGAAUGCUCGAGUGAUGAGAUACCAGAGCAAGUGAAAUACACCACAGAUGUAAACCUACCCACAGAAAGAGAAAAGUCAUCGAUUCCCAGAACAGGAACGUCGGAUAACUGGAUAUACCCAUCAGAGAAACAAUUCUUCGAAGCGAUGAAGCGGAAAAACUGGGACCCCAAUGCUAUUGAUAUGAAGGCGGUUGUCCCAAUCCAUAAUUCAGUUAAUGAAAGAGUGUGGAACUACAUUAAGAUAUGGGAGAACGGUCAAGGUGGAGAUGCAUGCGGUGGGAUUAAGUUGACGAGUUUCAAAGGUGAUUCAAAGAAACUUACUCCAAGAGCGUGGUUCAGAUCGAGCAUACUAGGGAUGAACAAGCCCUUUGAUAGACACGACUGGGUUGUGGAUCGUUGCGGUAAGCAGAUCGACUAUGUGAUUGAUUUCUACGCCAAUGACGAACCGGAGAAGAAUGGAUUACCACCGAUCUACUUGGACGUGAGACCAAAAGUAAACACCUUCGAAGGUUGUAAGUUGCGUUUGUUGAAAUCGCUCGGAUUCUAA